AGAAAUUCAAACUGAAAUUUAAAAAGAAAAAGCUAAGAAAACAAAAAUGGCGGCUCCAGCUGUGGAGGGAGCAGCUGUGACGGCCCUCCGUUCGGUCCUACUCCGAGUCCGACACGCAGCGGAGCGCGCGGGAACGCGACCCGAACGGGUUCGGACCGUGGCCGUGUCGAAGACCAAACCCGACUCCCUCAUCCGCCAAGUUUAUGACGCCGGUCACCGCUGCUUCGGCGAGAAUUACGUCCAAGAAAUUGUCCAGAAAGCCCCUCAGCUGCCUGAGGAUAUUGAGUGGCAUUUCAUUGGGCAUUUACAGAGUAACAAGGCUAAAACGCUUCUCGGUGGAGUGCCAAAUCUAGCAUUGUUUGAGGGUGUAGAUAACGAGAAGAUUGCAAACCAUCUUGACCGUGCAGUUUCAAACCUUGGGAGGAACCCUCUGAAGGUUUUCGUACAAGUAAAUACAAGUGGAGAAGCAUCAAAAUCAGGGAUAGAUCCUUCAGGUUGUAUUCAGCUUGCAGAAUAUGUUAAAUUGCGCUGUCCAAAUUUGGACUUUUCUGGCUUAAUGACGAUAGGGAUGCCAGACUACACAUCAACACCAGAGAACUUCAGGACACUAUCAAACUGUAGAGUUGAGGUUUGUAAAGCACUUGGAAUGGCAGAGGAUGAGUGUGAGCUGUCGAUGGGCAUGUCUGGCGACUUUGAGCAAGCGAUUGAAAUGGGCAGUACAAACGUGAGGGUUGGCUCGACCAUCUUCGGACCACGGGACUAUUCAAAAAAGCUGCCGAAUUGAUGCCAUAGAGUUUGUUGUAGUUGCUUGAAUAACCAAUGUAUACUUUGUGUAAUCAUUUAAUUGACAAAAUUUGCCAAAUCCAUGUAAUUCUUCUCUUCUCAUACUCUUGUUCUUGAUUGUAUUCUAGCUUCUGUACAUAUUGGCAAAUAUAAUGGAGUAUAACUUUAUUGCCAUUCUUAUUCCUGUGGGGAAUUGUAAAAGAAGUUAUCAAGAUUCAUGAUUCAAACUCUACUAUUCUUUUAA